GACUGGGUUAUCCAGGAUUCUAGCGCAGUCUAGGAAGAAUCAGCUCCAAUGCGUGGGGAGCUGGCAACCAACGAAAACACUAUAGAAGACAUUGCAAACGAUACGAUGAAUGCGAGAUCUUUCGUAUGGCGUACCUUCAUUGGUCAGGGAGAAUACAUUUCUCAUCACCGUUCCUGUCCACAGCUUCCCACUGAACAUGAUUCUUCUCCGUAUGCCUCCCCCUCUACUCGAUCGGCUCACCAAGGAUAUAUAUCUAUACUCCUCUGUAUUGGUCCCGUCAACUCCAGCGCAUUGUGAACCAUUGUUGAGGCCACUCAGGAUAAGUCUGCACAAUUGGCACCGGUAACUCGAGGCUUCGAGAUCCUUGACUCGUUUGUGGUGUUUCACGUAUGCGUCGGGAGGCCUGCACUCGAGGGCAUGUUUGCAAUAUGUGCACAGCGACAUAUUG